AGAACCAAUGGAUCAGGAUCACGAUCGCGAUAGUGAUGAGGUUAAUCCAUGCACCGGAAGACAACCAGUCGCGCGCCCAAUCCAACGCCUGCGAGAUCUCGAACUGUGUCAUCACGACCCUAAUAUUCCGCGCGAAGCCUAUGACCACGAGCUUGGCUACACGAUCACAAUUGUCUAGGGUGUUCCACACGCCUGGUAGGGGCACCCGCGCUUUUCCACUGUUGAAAGCGGUAAGAUGAUGGGCGACAGAAAUGGGAGGAAUAUUCAAUUUUACAUCGACAGCCUCCAGCAUAAGCAGUCUGGUCGGAAAGCCAUCUACAUCCCUCCCACCCUCUAUAUACAAAGGAGCGACUCAGGUCAGUACCCUUUCCACCAUAUGCGACCAGCAUCGCAUGUCCACCUCCACCAAUCCACCAACCUUCCAAAACUCGUCCCAGGCCAAAGCCAACGGGAUCACACAGGUCGCAGAGCGCAAAAACCAACCCUUCAUCCAAAGGGACGAGGAUACUUCAAACCAGCCGACGCAAGCGCGUCUCUUUCAGCUCCCCAUCAACUCGCAUUCUCAGCCGCCUCUUCUCGGUCCAGGAACAGAAAAGGGAAAAGAGAAAAAGCAAGGAGGAAAGUAAUCAACGCUUGUUAUCGAUCAGCAGCUCGUGCGAACGCUCGCCUUCCCCCAGCAACGGCCACAGCGGGUCCGGGGAUGCAUCCAGCAAGGGCCGGUGGGUUCGCAGAAGGGCGUGGGACGAGGCGAAUGAGCGAUCAUAUCCAAUAUGCGCGGCACGUCACAGCAACAAGAACCUGCGCGUCCAUUGCGUCCUUGACUGCGCAUACGCUGCAGAGGCUCGGGGCCAACCGGGCAAGCCACGGGAAGGCGCGGAGCGCAGCUGCAGGUACGGAGAAGGGAAAUGGGGCGGAGGGUAUGCUGGAGCCGUGCGGCGUUGAGAGGACCUCGGGAACAGACAUACCAAAGGAGAUACACGCGCACUCAUUGCAGAGCUUGGAGUGCUUCAUAGACUUGAAGGAAAAUCUCGCAAGAGAUAAAGAAAAUUUGUCUUAACGAUGGAGAGAGAUUAGGAAAAGUACUAGAACGCUCCGAGUAUAUGCAAUGAGGGGAUAUCAUCCAACGCCCAAACAAAAUGCAGAGCACGACGCAAAAACAAUUAAACCAAAAUACAUCGAAAGCCAUCUCGUGGAGCAGAGCUCGGACGAGGAAAUGGCAAAGGUUGAGCGAGAAUGUAUUGUGAAACACCAGUUUCGAUACCAGAGAGAAGCAUAGCUCCGUCAAUCUGGGGUAUCUCAGAGAGCAAAGCAUCAUCUGAG